ACUUUGGUUCCACUUUCUCUAUGAAUUGCAACUUUCACCUAUGGUUAUUUUUUUACCGGGCCAAGGUCAUUGAAGGUCAAAUUUGUUACGAACCUUGGUUAUAAAAGUGUUAUCACUUAAUAUUCACAUUCACAAUCAAAAUACCUGAAUCGAAUGUUGACUGCUCUGGUUCUGGCCAUUGUUUAUUGAAUCUCUUGACUUCUGAUCCACUCAAUUUUCGCCAACGUGCUGGGUAAAUUACUCCGAACAGUACAAUUCUGAUUCCAAACAGGUGGUUGUAAAAUUAUUCAUCAUGGUUAAUUUAGCAAUUUUAUCCAAAAAAAUGGUAGACAGUCUGAAAAGUAAAGAAUUCAGGGAAUACUUGAUGAGCACUCAUUUUUGGGGUCCUGUAGCAAACUGGGGUAUUCCCAUAGCAGCCUUAGCUGAUAUCAACAAAGAUCCUAAAUAUAUCAGUCCAAACAUGACCUUUGCUUUAUGUGCAUAUUCCUUGAUGUUCAUGAGGUUUGCUUGGAAAGUGAAACCCCAAAACAUGCUGUUAUUUGCUUGUCAUUUAACUAAUGAGGCUGCACAGCUGACACAAUUGGGACGUUAUACAUAUUUUACAUACAUAUCGCCACAAGCCACUGAUAGUACACAAACAUCAAGCUCUUCUAACUAAACCUGAAACACCAGUUAUAUUACUAAGAAAAAACAACAAAAAGUGAUCACAGAUGAUAUAUCUCUAUGAUCUGUAAAUUGAUAGCUCAGUGGUGAUAUGGAUUUUGAUUUAGCAAAUUUGUAAAUAUUCUUGGAAGAUGGAAGUAAUCAAAUUGUUUUUAAGGAUUCUUCCCUUUUCAAAUUUCCUCAGUGUACAGAUAUAUAGAGAAAUUAUUUUUGUUGAUUUUAUUAUUUCAAAUAGGAAAUGGUUACUUCAGGAAGCAAUACAGUUUGUAUUGGUUUUGACAUAAAAAUAUAUUUUUUAUUGAAAUAUAUUGCAUAUUGUUG